GUUUCAAAGUAGAAGAAGCUCAACAAGUUUACCAGAUUGGCUAAGCAGAAGGCACAAAAACAAUGGGGAGAGUUUCAAUACCCAUGAAGGGUUUUGUGUUGUUCUGCUUAUGGGCAGUGAUUGCAGAAGCAGAGUACCUAAAAUACAAGGACCCAAAACAGCCAAUGGUUACAAGAAUUAAGGACUUGAUGAAAAGGAUGACUCUUGAGGAAAAGAUUGGUCAGAUGACUCAGAUUGAGAGAAAAGUUGCCUUACCUGAUGUUAUGAAGCAAUAUUUCAUUGGGAGUGUAUUGAGUGGCGGAGGGAGUGUUCCUGUACCUAAGGCCUCUGCUGAGGAUUGGAUCAAUAUGGUAAACGAGAUUCAAAAGGGUGCUCUUUCAACCCGCCUUGGUAUUCCAAUGAUUUAUGGGAUUGAUGCAGUUCAUGGACACAACAAUGUCUAUAAUGCUACUAUUUUUCCUCACAAUAUUGGGCUUGGUGUCACCAGGGACCCUGAUCUUGUGAAGCGUAUUGGGGCUGCAACCGCACUUGAAGUUAGAGCCACAGGAAUCCCAUAUGCUUUUGCUCCCUGCAUUGCAGUAUGCAGAGACCCUAGGUGGGGGCGUUGUUAUGAAAGCUACAGUGAAGAUCACAAUAUUGUGCGAACCAUGACAGAGAUAAUUCCUGGUUUACAAGGAGAUCUGCCAGCUAAUUCUCGCAAGGGUGUUCCCUUUGUUGACGGAAAGUCAAAGGUAGCAGCCUGCGCCAAACAUUUUGUAGGAGAUGGUGGCACGGUGAGGGGAAUCGAUGAAAAUAACACUGUAAUUAACUCAAAUGGUUUAUUUGGCAUCCACAUGCCUGCAUAUUAUGAUUCAAUCAUAAAGGGUGUUUCAACGGUGAUGGUGUCUUACUCAAGCUGGAAUGGGGAAAGGAUGCAUGCUAACCGAGAUCUUGUCACUGGCUUCCUAAAGGACAGGCUCAACUUCAGGGGUUUUGUCAUUUCUGAUUGGCAAGGCAUUGACCGGAUUACAAGCCCACCGCAUGCUAAUUACACUUAUUCAGUUCAAGCUGGAGUUUCAGCAGGAAUUGACAUGAUUAUGGUUCCAGAGAACUACAACGAGUUCAUUGAUACUCUGACUCUAUUAGUGAAAGAUAAUAUCAUUCCCAUGAGCAGAAUUGAUGAUGCUGUGAAGCGGAUAUUGAGAGUUAAGUUUACCAUGGGUCUCUUUGAGAACCCACUGGCUGACCUUAGCUUGGUAAACCAACUCGGUAGCCAGGAGCAUCGAGAGUUGGCAAGGGAAGCAGUAAGGAAAUCACUUGUCCUGUUGAAGAAUGGCAAGAGUACUAGUCAGCCAUUACUUCCCCUUCCAAAGAAAGCACCAAAGAUACUUGUAGCUGGAACUCAUGCAGACAAUUUGGGUUACCAAUGCGGGGGCUGGACAAUAGAAUGGCAGGGUGUCGCAGGCAAUGAUUUAACAGUUGGAACCACUAUUUUAAGUGCUAUCAAGAAAACUGUGGAUCCUUCUACACAAGUAGUGUACCAGCAGAAUCCUGAUGCAAACUUUGUCAAGUCAAACGAAUUUGACUAUGCCAUCGUUGUAGUAGGUGAAGUCCCAUAUGCAGAGAUGAUGGGCGACAGCUCAAAUCUUACAAUAACAGAACCUGGUCCUAGCACUAUUAACAAUGUCUGUGGGGCUGUGAAAUGUGUUGUAGUCAUUGUCUCUGGUCGUCCAGUUGUGCUAGAGCCUUAUGUUGAAAAGAUAGAUGCAGUUGUUGCUGCUUGGCUUCCAGGAACUGAAGGCCAAGGUGUUGCAGAUGUUUUAUUUGGUGACUAUGGUUUCACUGGUAAACUUGCUAGGACUUGGUUCAAGUCAGUGGACCAGCUUCCUAUGAAUGUCGGCGAUCGCAACUACAAUCCCCUCUUUCCCUUUGGAUUUGGACUCACUACUCAGGCAGUAAAGAUGAAUUAAAAGACAGCAUUGAUACCAUAGUGUGUAUGACAUUCAGCUUUUGGAUAAAGUUUUAUCAUGUUAAGAGCUGGUUUCAGAAUACUUGUCAACAGAAGAUAAGGUACAAAAGGAACUAUUAAAUCUUUUCCAGAAGUUAGUUAUGGGGCAAGCAGUGCUUUAGGAACACAAGGGAGUAGACACUUACUUGAAAAGCUAGUGAGUUAUUCAUUAUUGAAACUGGAAGAAAGAGCAGAAGGUAGAAAAUUGUAUUAAGAGCUUCCCUUUGAAUUAUUAGUAUUAU